AUGCCUUUGCACGAGCAACCGAUCCGCGCUCCGUCUCAAGAGCCAUCCGCACGAAGGAAAGAGAAACUGAUCAAGAUCCCGGAAGCGCAAAAGCAAUGCCGACUUCAAGCGGCGGAACUUUUGGCAUUGGCAUUGCAAUUCGGUGGUCUUCUAGAGUUCACGGGAACGGCAACAGCCAUUGGCGAGAUGGGAAAACGUCUUAUCGAGGGAGCUACCAACUCGACGCAACAACGACCCCCUGGCCAGCCACGCGCCAGUUACACCGCUCACGAGACAACUUUUCAAUCAAACUUACAGAAAGAGGCCAAACGCCAUGUUGGAGAGCUGAAGGCCCUGAUCUUCAGCCGGCAGGGUAAGGAUUUUCAACGCGGCCUUAUUGUCGGGAGAAGGAACGGGAAAAAAGUUAGGAAUGAGAGAAUGAAAGCAUGUGGCAGAGAGGCCGGUGAGGUAGUGGAGAGAAUGAAUAAAAUGGGGGUUAUCACGGAGGUAGUGGUGGCGGUGGUGAAAGAGGACCCAGGAGUGGAGAGAAUGUUGAAAAAAGUGGACUUGGCGGUAGAAAGACCCCUCGGAAAGAAGCGGAAGGCGGACAAAAAGGAGGGUGUUGAAGAGGGCCGGAUCCGAUCCAUCAACGUACACACACACCCAAAGACCCUGCUCCUCAUUCAACGCAUAAACCUUAAGGACAAAGAUCACGAACCUGGGUCAGGAUAA